AUGGCUACUUCACUUCCUUUCUUGCUUAUCUUCAUGCUUUCAUUUUCAUUUUCAGCCAACACCAAAGCUACAUCGGUAGCAAAAGACCAAGUUCCAUGCACAAUGUGCAUUGAGUGCGAGAAUCCUUGUCAACCUCUACCACCUCCACCUCCACAAGUGAUUGAGUGUCCACCACCGCCAGCACCAGCACCGCCGUCACCGCCUCCACCAGCGAUCGUUGAAUGUCCGCCACCGCCGCCUCCGAAGUUACCGUGUCCAAAUAAUUGUGAAUUUCCACCCCCACCACCACAGUAUUCAUAUAUUUCACCCGGGACACCAUUUACUUACUAUGUACCACCAGAUUAUGAGGACAAGAGUAGCGGUGAAACGAUGAUGCCAUUUCAAGCAACACUCUUCUUGAAUCCGAAUUCACAUUCUGUGUACUCCAUGAUUCAUCGGUGCUUGAUUUAUGUGGUGUUUCUUUGCUUUCCUUAUUGUUUAGUUGUUCACUUUUGGUAA